CAAAUUAACAUUUAUCUUCAUAAGUUUUAAAUUAAAGUAUUGGUGAAAUCUGAAUUGAACUAUGUUUAAUUUACAUUAAUCAUUACACAACAUUGAGAAUCUUAACGUACCCUUUUGUAUAAUAAAAGAAAGAAGAAAGAAAACAAUAUCAAGAUAAAUUCCACAUUUUUAAAGCUAAACAGCCAUAAUUAGAAAAGGUCCACAACGCGUGGAGGGAAACAGAAUGAGAAACCAAAAAAAGACGCAAAUAGACUCGGAAGAGAGACAAAUAAGACACAGAAAAUGAGAUUGACCAAAAAAAAGAAAUAGAGUCACCAACCUUUUCAUACAACAACAAAAACAGAAUAACAAGAAGAAUAAAAACUUCAUCAUUUUCUUUUCUGUCAAAAAAGUCCAAAGAAAAACAUACAUACAUCCCCCACUUCUCCUCUUUGGGUCAUUGGGUAGCAGAUCCCUUUUGAUUUUGUGGGUUCAAUGACAGAAAGUAGCUAACUUUAAAUACAUGGGGUCUAUCAGAUUUCGGGGUUAUUCGUAUUUUCUUCUCUAAUGCCAUCAUAUCUUUUGUGAUGCAACUUCUGUUUCUUUUUUUUCAAAAGGGUGGCUAAUUUGCUAAAUAGCUAGGGCUUUUUGUUUUGUAUUCUUGUGUAUGUUGUCUGUCUUUUUGAGAGAUGCAGUCUGAUAGGUCUGAUUCUUCGGGUCCGAUUACCCAACGUGUCAAUUCUUUGCUUUCUUCUACUGAUACUAGAGGAAAGCAUAGGAUACAAGCUGAAGUCAAACGACUUGAGCAAGAAACUAGAUUUUUAGAGCAAGAGUUGGAACAGCUUGAUAAGAUGGAAAAGGCCUCAGCUGCAUGCAAGGAAAUGCUGAGCAACGUGGACAUUAGACCAGACCCCCUACUGCCAAUAACUAAAGGCCCGCUGAAUCCAUUAUGGGAUAGAUGGUUUGAAGGUCCACAAGAAUCGCAGGGUUGCAGAUGUUGGGUGCUCUGACAGCAACUGCGAUUUCAAGCAAUAUAACUUUGUCAAUUCUUGGCGCAGGCUUCAACUUACAGACAUGCAACAAUUUUCGAAUGAUACAAUUCAUUGCCAAAUGUUUGAUGUAUGCUUCAUUGUGCAGAAAAGAACAAUCUUAUAGCAACAUUUUCUUCAGUGGGAAAUCUAUAAUGAAAUCCUUCAUCGUGCAAAACAUAACAAAUUCUUUAGGCCAAUUCAAAUGUAAGAAACAAUCUACAGUAUUGAUGAGGAGUACAGUUAGAUAGUACACAAUGACACCUUUUCUUUUCGCA